GUCGUCGUCGCCGUCGACCACCACCUCGACCUCCUCUCUCAGCGCGUGUAUCGUCUGCUUCGUUGUAGAAAUCCACGAAUGUUUAUGGCGCGCGCCUGUGGGUGCAACAACACAUACUGUAACAGCACGGAUUCGAGAAUACAUUCCGUCGAUGGUUGAGCCGGGCGAGCGUAGUUUUCGGUGUCAGCGUUCGACAUUGCCGCUUCAGUACCAGCCCUCUUGUACGGUGUGAGCUGAUACUCAGGAACUUGAACGUCUUUGAUUGGAAUGAGCGGAACCCCGUAACGGUUUUUGGGUGUGUAAUCAUUCGUAAUGGGACUGCUCGGAGAUCACGUUGACAUCAUGAAGCCGAAAGCGGUUUCGAUUCGGCGAAAAGUCCGUGCGACACAGAUCAUCCCGACGAAGGGAGAAGUGGAAGUGAAGGCGAAGAACGCGGCCGACCCCGGCACGAAAACAGCCCCGGUGAAUCCGUUCCGGAGAUCGCUGAAACGUCAGCGCGAAGGAGACGAGUCCGAGGAUCUCCAGGAAACUCUGAAGGAGAGCAAUUUCAAAGUCGUCGAAAUCGAAGUCAACAUACCUCAGCUGUUGUCCGAGACAGACAAGGUCAACGAGGCGAAGAUAUCGGCUCCGGAGAUAACGAGCUUGCUCCCGAGCAUGCCGAUCGAUUGGUGUCUGAAGUCAAAGGUGAGGUUCAGCUCAUCGAAACAGCUUCCGUGGAGCGGAAUGUUGAAAACCACCGAGGAAGCCAACGGGACUACCGGGUUCGUGCGAGUUCUGCAUAAGCAGAAAGACGCCUCAGCUCAAGCGAAAAUCCACCAGAGCUGCAUGUAUUGGCAACAUCCGUCCCUUCCAUGGGUUCCGCUUUUCCCGCGUCAGGGUAACAAACGAUUCGAGGGCUCCCAACUGGUCGAUGGCCGAUUCCACGAAGCUCUCCAGCAGGACUUCCGACAAAGCUUCAAGAGUCUCUAUCAGCUAUUGAAAGCCAGACAAUGCGCCUUCUUCUAUCUGUGCGGUCCCGAGUUCACGGUACUCUUCCGCGCAGCGGGCGUGUGCGCCUUCACUGAGAUACACGCUCUUAUAUCGCCUACGACGAAAGGAUUCAGAAGUAGUCUGAAAGAGAAGGGCAUAGACUUCCAGAUGCCCUUCCGCCGAGAUGACAGACCCGAUUCCGAAGAGCAGGAGAGUCCGGACGACACGAAAGACGACGAAGACUUCUUCGAAAGCCUCGGUCUCGCACAAGAUGGUUUCCCGGCCAUAGUCGCUCACAAAGUUCGGAAAGCUUUCGACACCGAUUCCGGUCAAGCGUCAUGCGUCGUGGUUUUGGGAAACGGAGCCCAGGCGCUCUUCAAUCAUCUCCUCAAUACGGAUCUCUCGAUCGGAGUGGGCUCGCAGGCCGGGAUCCCUCCGACUCUUCUAUCGCCCGUCGCGUUCCAUGGUGCGUCGCUACGGUCUCAGAAGAUUCGCCAGACCUGGUUCAGAGACCCAGAGACGCAAAUACGUCACCACGCCAUCGAGAUCGUCGGACCGAUCAUGCCUAACGCCGUGGACUCCCUGUGCGAGCUACUGAGUCAGUCUCAGGAGGACUUCACUCUGCUGGCGACUCCGACGCCAGGCUGCACGGCCUUUAGUCGAACGAUGAAUCAAUCUCAUGAUACCACCGCGCCGGUUGUUUUCGCCGUCGAGGCGCUGAGGGAAUGUGGUCUCCCGAAGGGAUUCAUCCAAAGAAUCUGUUCGAAUGGCGAUGAUCAUGGUACGGUCAUCGAGGCUGAUUUCAAGACGAACGGUUAUCAUAUAAACACGAGCGCGUAG